AGCGGCUCGGAUGCUCCGAGGACGACGACAAGCAAAUGCACCUCAUCUUCCUUAAAGACGGCUCCCAGACUGGGCUGAUACAACGGUGGCGUUGUCCCCGUCCUCACGACUUGUUAGAGGACGCGAAAAGCUGCUACAAGAGUUUACAUAUGGAGGAAACACACACACACACACACACACACACAAAGCUAUCUUCAGAGAUUUUUUUUGUGUCCAACUUUCACUUUAUUAUUAUUAUUAUUGUUCCGGACCGCGCUUGUAACGCAAAACACUCAUAUCGCAUGUCAGCUUCCCCCCAAAAAUGUUUUUUUAAUAAGAUAAAUAGCACUGUAAAAGAUUGUAUUUGAUAAAAGCAAAUAGUAACAACAUAAAUGAAUACGAUGUAAAUAAUUGAACCGUUUUUUGCCACAAUUCAAUGGACAUUCUGCUGCAGCUCCUGGGCCACCUGUGAGCAGUACAAGACAGACGCACUACAUGGAGCCCCUCAAAACUCCCCAAUCAGUCACAGUCAUUUUAGUGGUUCUUUGCAGAGGACAAAGAAUACACGUCUGUGAGUGUUUCUAUAGUCUGUCUACAUGUUGCUCCACCGAUUGUGUUCAAAUAGCCAUCGCUUUUCGGGUGAUAAUGUUCAUUAGCCCGCCUAUGGCAUUUUGCAUUGAUUGUUGGCAUUAUGUCUCGUGUUAUAUAGCACAACUCUUCAAAAAGACCUCAAAUCAUCACGAAAUGAUGUGGUCUGUCUUUGUAUACAGAUGACAUGAAGACAUCAUUGCGCAUGAGCCCAAAUCAAUGCCCAUGUAAUAACUCGGUCGUCUCGCUGACUCGCCGCCACAGCGGCGGUUCGACUGUCGUCACCCCAGGACCUGCUUUUCCUAUUGUGGCAACACACUUUUAUAGAGGCAAACUCUCGCCGCCGCAUAACUUGACCCUUCGGUGGCUGAGCGACUUUGAGCCGCAACUGUGGUGGGCGCACGAGCUUUUGCCGGCAAACUGCAAAUUUCAAGUGUCGCAGAGAACAAUCGAAAAGAACCGCCAGGUAGAGAGUCUUCAUCAAACACCUCCUUCACUCCGCAACCCUGGAACCACAAACACAGCGAGCCCGCCUUCCUCAAAGUCACAUAUCCAGGUAGAGCACGAGCUAGUCCGCGCUCCAUACGCAAAAAAAAGGUCAGCCAUCGGUCAAUCGAGACCCUCCCGGAGACGUUUUGGGUGUCAUUGGUUUCCUUCCGCUCAGAGCUGGUCAGCAACGUGCGGCGCAGCAUCGUCGCCUCCACGAUCACUCGGUGCUCCCGAGUGCCGCUCGGCCCGCCUCCAGAUCUCGCCUUCUAUUUUGGAAGGCCGUUUAAAACCUUGAUUUCCCAAGAGAGGAGGAGGACGCGGAGUGCCAAAUACGCGAGGUGACCGAUCAACAGCAGCAACUGGAGACUGCCCAAGAACAACUUCAAACUGCGGUAGAUGCCAUUGUCGGGUGGAGCAAGAGGUGGAAACUUACCUUAAAUGCAUCCAAGUGUGAGUGUACUUUCUUCUCCACAAACUCACACGAGGCGAAGUGGCAGCCUACGCUGAGCAUCCUCCAACAACCGAUGCACCACAAUCCAACACCCACGUUCCUCGGAGUCACCUAUGAUCGUCAACUGACCUUCAUCAAACACACCGAAACAGUCGCGCGCAAAAUGGCGACCAGAGCUCGGGCAAUCCGCAAACUAGCACACACUGACUGGGGCUAUGACAAGGCAACCCUUCGGAACACCUACAUUGCCACAGCCAGAACGGUAGCAGAAUACGCGGCGCCAGCCUGGAUUCCCUGGAUAUCCCCCACCAAUCUGGAGAAACUUGAAGCCUCGCAAAGAUAUGCUGCUCGAGCCAUAACUGGCCUUCUGAAGACGACGCCAUCUGAUGCAGUCCUCAUUGAGAGUGAUCUGCCGUCUAUCAAAACACGAGCCACUCAGCUAGCAAUCUACGCAUACGACAAGUCUCUACGCGUUCCAGACGACAACCCGCGACGACUGGUGGCGGGGAGGCACCCGACAAGGCGAACUAAGAAGACCGACUGGCGCGACCACGCACGCGACAGAUGGGCGACGGUGUUCGUCAAUGCACAGGGUGACCAGGACCCUUUUCCCCAACUGAGAGCACCAUGGGAAGAGAUCACCGCCAUGACCUUUGCCAAAGCGGCUGAAGGCAGAUACCAGCAACCCGAAGACAACUACGCAGCCACCGUCAGCGCUCUCAACAAAGAUGCAGACGUCUUCCAACUGACCUGCUUCACUGACGGCUCGGCGCGAACUGGUAAUACUGCCGGAGGUGCCGGAGUCCUGAUGAUUCACAGGGAAUCAGGGGAAACGUGGGAGCAAAGCCUACCAGCUGGAAGCUGGACCUCCUCCUUCCAAGCUGAGAUGAUUGCGAUCGAAGCGGCGCUAAAGAUGGCCACCGAAAGGUGUGAGCCAGGGACCCCAAUCCGCUUGGUGACAGACAGCCUCUCCUCCCAUCAGAGGCUGCAAACCAUGGAACAUGAGUUCAAAUUGAAAACCACCACCGAGGCCUCAAUCAGAGAACUCCUGACUACCCUCGAAGAUAAACAAGUGGCGGUGGAAGUUCUAUGGGUCCCAAGCCAUUGCGGUGUCCCGGGCAAUGAAAGAGCCGACCAACUAGCCGCUGCAGGAGGCGGCAUGGAACAAGGCGGUGCACCACGACACUUCGCGACAGCAAAAGCUGCCAUCCGGCGAGCGACACGAAGCCACCGCAUCCACGCCGACAAACGAAAGAACCUCUACGCUGACAACGAAGACAACACGAUCUUCCCCAGAGAUCAAAACUUGAACCGGCAGGAACAAGUAACGAUCAGUCGCCUCCGAAGCGGACACCAUCCGGAGCUGCGCUACUGGAGGAAGAAGAUGGGGCUGACGGAGUCAGAAGAAUGUCGGCUAUGCGGCACGGGCGACGCUGAGACGGCAGAACACGUCCUGACGAAAUGUCCAGCUAUGACUGCCCUCUACCCAGAUGGCUGGACACACAAAGACCUCUUGACAUCCCCUAAAGAGGCACUCAAUAUCUGGAGCGAAUGGCUGGAGGCAGUGUCCCCCGACACUGCCUAACAACAACAACAAUCAACAGCAGCAACCGCACUCUUGACACAUUUGACGCUUAUACAUUAUUUUGUAUUCAAUUGCAUUUCCGAUUUGUUUCUCUCUGACAUGAGAGAGGAAACUGCUUCCAUUCAGCCCGAGCUCGACGACUCCACUUUCGAUUAAAAAGGAUUUGGAUUGAGCACACACAAUUUUUCCUUCCAAGCGGUUAAUUCCUUUACACAUCAUGAAUAAAUCCUACCGUCUCCAAAUAUGUCAACAAUAAAGCUUGCUGUGGAAUCUAAAAGUGAGCUUCAUGAGGGAAUCCGUGAGCAGAGUAGCCAAAUAUCGUUACUUCAUCCAAAUAUUGACUUGAGCAAGAAAGUCCUCCAUCAAACAAAUACUCAAGAGUAAUUUGUGAAUGAAUACAAAAAUAAUAAUAUAUGGGAGGAGACGCGCACCUGCCACCAUUUCAAUGUUUGAGUGGCCAAAAAGCAACAAGACUGCAUUGGGCCCGACAGAAACAUCCUUUGCUUCAUUCACGUCAAUCACUUCACCAAGAAGCUGUGCGCUCAACACACUUAUUAGUGAUGGCGUGAAUUUUGCCACAUCCGCUCCCAAAAAGACAAUAGAAACAUCUGCAACUUACCGCAAAGUGUUUUGUCGAGUUACAAGGUGGCUGAAAUAUCCAAGUUUGCUGCACGACAAAGCUGCUGCUGCUGCUGCUGCUGCUGUGUUUUGCUCCGGAAACACACUCGCGCGGCUGUUUUCUUGCCCCAAAAUGAGUCCUUUUGAUUGGCUCGCGAAGGCGUCUCAUCGCUCAAUUGGAGUCAAAGGACAGGAGUGUUCACGUUUGAUUGGCGCAACGGCCGCCCUAUGCGGAAGUCGAAAAAAUAGACGCGCACACGCACGAAUGAAUAAAAGUAGCUCACCGCACGCCGACGAUUGGAACGCAGUAAAAGCAUCGAUCCUUCUUCACAUAAAUACUCAAGUAAAAGUCAAAAGUACAGCACGUUUAAAGUACUCUGACAAGUCGAGUUUAUGGAAAAUAUGACUUGAGUAAAUGUAGCGCGUUACUAGCCACCUCUGUCCGUGACCAAAUGUUUGAAAAUAAUGUGGAUUGCCCGGUUUCCGCCAGUAAACAAAAAAAGAAACAAACGUGUUUGUUUUACUUUUCUGGUUUGUUGUUGUUGUUCUUGUUUUUUUAUUUACUGGCAGAAACGGCCUUCCAAUUGUUCUGUGCUUUUUUUUUUUUUAAAGUCUAUCAAUAACAACGACAACAAAACGAAGCUAACUUGCUGCUUUCCCCGUGAGGUCUCAACAGCAGAGGGCGCCACAGUGCCCUCCAGUGGCCGCGUGGCGGUACUCCCAACAUGGCGGUUAAGAAUGGUCCUGAUGCUGCACGAACGCCAGCGAUGCAUCGGAUGCGCUUGCGUACAAAUUGCGAGCCCGCGCCGUUAUUUUGACGCGGUCUCUGUGGCGCAAUGGAAUAGCGCGCUGGACUUCUAAUCCAGAGGCUCCGGGUUCGAGUCCCGGCAGAGAUGGGUCGCUGGGAAGCGCCUUGUGGCUCGGCGCUUCUUUUGAACGGACUACAUUGUUUUGGCGUUUUGGGAGGGAUUCGUUGAGCUGCCGUGAUGCACACGAGCGAUGCGGCACGUCACUUUUAUUCGGAUGAUUUUUGGUAUUCACCAGCAAAUAAAGCAUUUCAAAAGAUGACAAAGAUUUGAAAUGAGUCAAAUUUAGUGCUGUUGGGUCCCCACAAUGAACGCACGUUGAGAUCUCGACCAGUGCACCUAAAUACAUCAAAACAAUUAUUAUUAUUAUCAUCUCAAUAAAUGACAAUAUUGAGGUUCUGUCAUAUUGGCCAUUUUUCAGACUUAUUAAAGACAGAAAAAUACUUCAUAAUUUGUACCUAAAUUCUAUAUUAAAAAUCCUUUUCAAUUUUUGAUCGUGUAAAAUUCUAAUUUCUUAAGAUUGUGAAUUUUGGGGUUUUCAUUCGCUGGAAAUUAUGUAUACAAAUAAACUCGGAAGUGUUUCAUUCACGUGUAGUUCACGUUUUUGAAUUGUGUAGAUACGCAUCUGUAAAUAAAGUAAUUAAAGAUAAAAUAAUACAAGAAGCA